UCGUCUUCUUCGGGGGAAUUAUAUUUUUCUUUUGUUUAUUUUCACUCGAUCUCCCUGUGGAGAUGCCAUGGCCGUUUCACUCUCUACCAUUUUCUCUAUUCAAAACUUACUCCGAUGAAUCUCUCGCUGUUUCUUCCAUGAUUUUGUCUUCAGUAAUUUCUAUAUCUAGAUUUUUUCUUAUUUCUCUCACAGAGUUUCUUAGUUUCCGAUUCGUCCCCUUCAUUUUGGAAUACGAACCUCGUCUAUGGUUGCUACAUGGAAUUUAGUUCGUGUCAGUUAUGAUAAACGAACCCUAAUUUGGCCAUUAAGAUGGCAAUUGUGACGGGGGAUCGAUAUUUGGAGAAGCUGGUGAAGUUUGUGGAAGAACGGGCCGAUCCUUUGAUUGAAGGAACUUUGGUGUUGAAGCUAAAUCCAGCGGGAUUGCACUACGUGCAGUCGAGGUUGGAGGCUUUACAUGAACUCGAGAGUCUUUUAACCGGAGCUCCAGUUGACUACCUUCGAGCAUAUGUCUCUGACCUUGGCGACCACCGCGCGCUUGAACAGCUCCGACGAAUUUUGAGGCUGCUUACAUCUUUAAAGGUUGUUUCGGUGCUUCCGCAGCCGUUGCGAGACCCGACACCGUUGUCUCUGUUGCCGUUUGGAAGUUUGAAGGUUUUGGAGCUUAGAGGAUGUGAUUUGUCGACCUCCGCGGCAAGAGGAUUGCUGGAAUUGAGACAGACCCUGGAGAAGAUUAUUUGUCAUAAUUCUACUGAUGCUCUGCGGCAUGUGUUUGCAAGUAGAAUUGUUGAGGUUAAGAACUCUCCGCAAUGGAACCGACUGUCGUUUGUUUCGUGUGCGUGCAAUGGCUUAGUUCUUAUGGAUGAGUCUUUGCAACUUCUACCUGCUGUUGAAACCCUUGAUCUGAGUCGGAAUAAGUUCGCAAAAGUUGACAAUCUUCGCAAGUGUGUGAAACUGAAACAUUUGGAUCUUGGUUUUAAUCAUCUAAGGACAGUUGCCUCAUUUAAUGAGGUCCCUUCGCAUAUAACUAAACUUGUUUUGAGGAACAAUGCUCUAACUACAUUGCGUGGGAUUGAGAAUUUGAAGUCACUUGAAGGACUUGACGUGUCCUACAAUAUAAUUUCCAAUUUUUCAGAGCUGGAGUUCCUUGUGGAUAUUACAUCUUUACAGAAUUUAUGGCUAGAGGGCAAUCCCUUAUGUUGUGCACGGUGGUACAGAGCGCAUGUGUUCAGCCUUUUCUCUCAUCCAGAUAAUCUGAAGUUAGAUGACAAGGGAAUCUGCAAAGAAGAAUAUUGGAAGAGGAAAUUUAUCAUUGCUAGCAGGCAAAAGCGACCUGCUGGUUUUGGUUUUUAUUCCCCAGCAAAAGAUGGUGCUCGAGGAGAGGGGAGUGCAAACAAUAAAAAGAGAACAGUUUCUCGAAUUGCUUCUAUUCAGAGUGAAGAAGAGAGUACAUAUUUCUGUUCUGACCAGGAGUCUGUAUUGUGUGAUAAUGAUACUUAUAGCAGAGAGGAAGCAGCAUUAUCCGAUAAUGAAGUUGAAGUAGUUGAUUUAAUGAAGAAAAUUGAAUUUAUGAAGAAAGAGCGUUCUUCACUUUGGUUUCGGGAGUUUGAGGAUUGGAUGGAUCACGCUCCUCGAAACGCUGUCAAUGGCAAUAUCAAUAAGGCUACUAUGGAGCCUGGAAAAGAAAAAUAUAUGAAAAGUAGGAAAAUUCCACAGCAUGUUGGAGAGAGCUCAAGAUAUAAAUCAGAGUCUAUGCAGGCAUCAGGAGACGAAAGUAGUACAAAUUUGGUGGAGUCGGAUAAUUCCUUUGGAGACAUGCCUAGUGGUUUGACGGCCUCCCACUACUUUGGGCUGAAUGGUUCACUGGGGAAUGAUGUUGUUGUCCCCCAAUCUAGAACACACAGAUCGGAUCUAAAAAAUGGUCACCUUAGUUCUUCAUUUGGAGUAGGUAUUCCUUCCACUCAUAUGAAAACCUUUUAUCCUUUGUAUAAUAGGUCUCAGGGAGGUGAAGCAAAGGUUGAAGAUCCUAGUAUGUCACCAUUGAAUGCCAUAGAUAGUGUAUCUGAGUCUCACUCAUCCUCACUAUUCCAUGGAUCACCACCCCAUUAUCAAGAGGACAUUCUACAUCGUCGGCAUAAUUUUAUGGAAGAAAUUUUGCAAUUAUCUGCAGAGUCAUAUUCAAUUCCUUCAUCUGACAGCUAUUCCAGCAAUAGUGAGGACGAUAUCUUUCCCUUUGGAUCAUUAAUGCCAGAAGUUAUUGAACCUACAAAUGAUAAGUCUCUGCGUGGAGGUGCUGAAGGUCAGUUGUCAAUACAUCAUAGUAAAGACAUUACUUCUAAACAGUGCCAUGAACUUCAUCUGGUUGGAGAAAAUGGCUCGUGCCUUUUUGAGUCAUCUGUUGAUCAAACAUUUAGUAUGCCGAAUUCUAUUUGUCAAGGCUGCAAUGUUCAUUUGCCAAUCAAUGUUGUUCCUGCUGGCCCUCAUGCCUAUGAAACCGAUCCAAUCCAACAUGAGAUGAAUCAGCAGAGGAAUCGAGAAAGCAAGAAAAAGAAGAAGAAAAGAGUUGUUUCAUUGUCAGGACAUGUAGUUGGAAUAACAGACAGCCACAAAUUGACAAGCUGUGAUCCAAGUGUUUUUGGAGCUGAUAUGGAAAUUGAACUAGAAAACGGAAGUUUUAUUGAAAACUAUUUUAAUUUAAAUAUUGCAGACUCCAGAGUUCAUGAAACUUGUCAGCAGUAUCUCAAAUGCAUUUGUAUACUUGAUUCUGAGCUAGUCUACAGAAAAGUGGUUCUUGUUCUGAGUAGUAGAAACGAGUUGUACAUACUAAUUGUUCGGGCUUCUGGAGAUGGGUCAGGAGAAGUCAUGCUUAUUUUAUCGGAUUGUUUCAGUGUUGAGGAUAUUAAAGAGGUCUUUGUUGGCCUCGGACUUCAGGUUGUGAGGGUUUGUUUGGAGAGAGGUGUAAAACAUUUGUUUGUAACUGGAUGCAUUGAGAAAUCAAGACAACUACUUUGUAUAUUGCAAGUAUCUGGCAUUGGUAGUCCUAGUGACAGGAGUUGCUUAAGAAGUUUGGAGCAGGUUCAGGUUGAAUUAUUUGAAACACAAAUAUGUGGAGGUGCAAAAGCUAACUUACUCCAAUAUUCUAUGGUGCUCUUUUGCUGCAGUGAGAUUCAAGGAGAAUUGUGGCAUCCUCGAUCCCUGUUUAUCUUUGAAGGGCAUUUACUUGUGUGCAAAGAAGACUUCAUGCAAUUUGGUUCUUUCUCAAUAGACGGAUCAUUACCUCCAUACUUUGCCCUUGAUUCAUGUUGCUUGAUUGCCGACAUACUUGAGAUGGUUGUUGAAGUGAAGGGGGUGUUUUGCUUGACCUUAUCUUUAAAACAUGCAUCGUCCGUGUUCUCCUUGAUCUCCAAAUCUGACGAGAAGGUUACCACUAUCCAGAAGAAGGAGAUUUCGUCGCCUUGUUCUUUGAAAUGGAAGUUAAAAUGGUUCUGUAAAGGGAAUCUACUUAAUUUCAUUGCACUAGCGAAGGCAAUGCACCUGGAAAGCAAGGGUUCUUCCUUGCCUGUAAGAUAUGUAUCGUGAUUGUCGAGGUUGCAGAAAAAGGUACAUAGGCAAUGGUUCUUCAAAUUUUUAAGUUCUGAUUCAAUUCAUUCUUUUAUUGGCUCUUGUGUGUUGAGUGCAUUUUUUUUUUAGUUUAUGAUCUUUGGAUUAUUAAAUAUUCUACCGUGUACAUAUUGUGUACAGUGUAUAACAGUCAACUAGGAAAUCGAAAUUCUUUAUUUCCUUUA